GGACCCGACGGGGGGUCCAGGGGACCCGGGGGGGGGUUAGGGGGGCCUGGGAGUGUCUGGGGGGCGGGAUGCGGGAGCUGCCGCCCUCAGGAUGCGUUAGCCGUGGCCGGGGACGGAAUCAGCGGCAGUACCCCAAAAAAAGUCGCUUUGCACCCACCCCGGUAUCGAAGGAGAGAUCUGCAAGAUGCGCAGAGUGUCUCUAUCUCCGCCAGAGCCCCGCAGGGGUGAAGGCGCUGCGCGGCUUCCAGCAUGAGCGGCCCCUUCCCGGAGGUGCCCUCAGCACGGAUCGCGAGGAGAAGGAGGAGAGCGGCGCCCCUGGGAGGAUGCUCUGGAGCAGAUCUCUCAUCUUCCAAAAUUGUGUCCAGAACCAGGAAGAUUCAGCUUCUUCUAUUCAAGAAAACAAACAACAGCUACCCCGAGACCUUCAUCCCUCCUGCUAGCCACGAGAUGACAGAGUCACCCAAGGAACCCAGGUCAAGCAGGAACCAUACUGUCUUGCAGUAUGAACUGAGGCCAGGGGAAAUCAUAGCAGCCAGUAUGGUUUUUGGAGUAUUGUGGUUGUUUUCCAUCUUCGGAAACUCCCUUGUUUGCUUAGUGAUCCAUAGGAGCAGGAGGACACAAUCAACCACCAACUAUUUUGUUGUCUCCAUGGCUUGUGCAGACCUUCUCAUCAGUGUUGGAAAUGCACCAUUUGUGCUACUUCAGUUUACUUCAGGCAGGUGGAUGCUGGGGAAUGUGAUGUGCAAGCUGGUGAGGUAUAUACAAUAUCUCACCCCUGGAGUCCAGAUAUACGUGCUCCUCUCCAUAUGUGUGGAUCGAUUCUACACUAUUGUCUACCCCCUGAGCUUCAAAGUGUCAAGAGAGAAAGCCAAGAAAAUGAUUGUAGCAUCCUGGAUCUUUGAUGCUGCAUUUGCAUCACCAGCUUUCUUUUUCUAUGGCUCCAAUGGGGAUGACCAUUGCAACUUCUUUCUCCCAAAUUCUUGGGAAGGAGCCACCUACAGUAUCAUCCAUCUCUUGGUGGUGUUUCUGAUCCCAACCAUCCUCAUUAUCCUAUUCUACCAAAAGGUUAUCAAGUACAUUUGGAGAAUAGGCACUGAUGGCAGGACUGUCAGGAGGACAAUGAAUAUUGUCCCAAGGACAAAAGUGAAAACCAUCAAGAUGUUUUUAAUGUUAAAUUUAGUGUUUCUCCUGUCGUGGCUCCCUUUUUAUGUGGUACAGCUGUGGCACCCACAGGAAACAGACUACAGAAAGUGUUCCUUGGUUUUCAUGGCUAUCACAUUGAUCUCUUUCAGUUCUUCAGCUUCUAAGCCAACCCUGUACUCAGUGUAUAAUGCGAACUUCAGAAGAGGGAUGAAAGAAACUUUUUGCAUGUCCUCCAUGAAAUGCUACAGAAGUAAUGCAUAUACCAUCACUACCAGUUCAAGGAUAGCAAAAAAAAAUUAUGUUGGGAUCUCAGAAAUCCCAGCACCAGCCAAAACUGUAACCAAAGACUCAAUCUAUGAUUCAUUUGACAGAGAAGCAAAAGAAAAAAAGCUUGCUUGGCCUAUUCAUUCAAAUCCUCCAAAUACAUUUGUCUAAUUGGCUUAAUUGCUUUGAAAGGUGAUUAUGUACCACAAGAACAAAGAGCUUUAUCUCCUUUUUGAACCAAUGUAAAUUUACAUAUUUUUAACAUGACUUUUAGGGAGGAAAAAGAAAAGAUGUUUUAUUUUAUUAAAUGCAUUGAUUUUUGAUGUAUCCAGUCUACUUAA